AUGUCCUUUUCGCAAAUCUCGCAAAGCCUGUUUUUUUCUUCUUCUUCUUCUUCUCCUCUGCUCGAGCUUGUGAUUAGCUUCAAAGGGUGUCGGUCGAAUUUUUGGCUGACCGUGUCCGGGAGAAGAGCGCAGUGCGGGUGGAUGGAGAAGCUUCGACAAUUGCUACACGCAGCAUUUACACGUCAAGCUCAUAAGAUAUUCGUAGAACUCGCCGAUUUCCCACCUCCCUUGAAGAAUAUGGGCCUUCCCGUGGGCACUGUGCUAAGCGGACCCAUUGCAUUUGUGCUUGCAAACCACACACUCGAAUACAUUAAAGGGCUUCGUGGCUACCUUUGGUCUAAACGAACAGUUGCCGCUGUGGUAGGACAAAAAAGUUCUGGGAAAAUCGGAACAACAGCUGUGCAGAAAGAAAUCUUUGCAUGUAUUAUUAUUAUUAUUUGCGCAACUGUAAAAUGGAUCGGGUGGAAGAAUAAUUUGAGUGCAGGCAUUGCAAACACGAACAAUGUCAUUGUGAGCGUCAUCAUGAUAGAUCAAGGGAUGCUCGUGUACUCUGAUAGUUUGUGGCGAAAACAAUUCGCGUAUAUCUGUAUGAGGAGUAAGUGUUGA